AUGGCCCAGGACAAGAGGCGCGAGAAAAUUCCAUCGAUUUCUGAUUCAGGGUCAGACUCAGAAGAAGAUGACGACCCGAUUGUAAAAAGGAUUCCGUUGUUCUUCAACUCUACGCCAGACUUCUCGCUGCCCUCAUUUGCACAUUUCAAACCAGUCCUCCUAGACGACGAGGGUAAUCAGAACGAGUCCCAACAACAACAAUCAAACAAAAAGAAGCGGCCGAAAACGUUAACGUUGUUGCAGUACCCAUUCAAGAGCCAGAACCCAAACUCAUCCCAUCCAUUGUUGCCACCUUCAUUGCAGCCGGAUCCGAUCCAUAAUCCGCAACAACAACCCGCGCCGAUCCAUGCGAAAUAUAAACCUGGAGUUCGAUCGCUUCGAUUGGAUGUACCUUUGGAAACGAAAAUAGGUAUUAACGAAAACAGGUUCUCUGAUGAACGGGCAAGGGAAUUCGCAAAAGGGCUACAAGAUAAUAAAAACAGUCAAUCGAGCGGUUUCAACAAGAAGCAUCAUCAUACGGUGACUGAUGACGAGUGCGACCCCUUGGAUAAGAUGUCACUAGGCUCAACACUAAUCCCGGAGCAGUCGAAUUAUGCGGUCGGCGUUCUCAAACGUGGUAGCAUUGAAGAUGGCGAUGAUGAUGAAGAUGAUGAGUUACACAUAGUUCCGUUGGAUCAAAUUCUGCAGAUGAGGCCAAACCUGGACUAUCUAGAUCAGUUGGACCAGAUCAACUCACAGGCAGACAAACAAGCGCGAAGGGAGCAAGGGCUAGACAGCGAUGACUCCGAGGACGGCUCUGAGAACGAAGAGGUGGAUGAAGAGGCUUUAAAGAAAAAGGCACUGGCUAAGAAGAAAUCGGAAGCCAAUGAGGCGAAAGCCCUCCAAGUUUCCGUCAUUGCUUCCGGAGAUGGCGAUCGGGUCGGCGCCGGUCUUCGCUCUGGAGGCCCUCUGUUCGCCCCUCUAAGAGCCGCCGAAUCCGAAACUCCCAUCAAUUUGAUUCAUUAUCACUCUGAAACUAAAGAAGCCGAGGCAAUCAGACAAAAGAUGUAUUCAUCUAACAAAAUAAUGUGGACGUCUCAGCUAUCCAUGACUCGGAAUCCAACCGCUGUUCAACCACCGAACCGCUUGGCAAGACCACACCCUCAGCACAUUCGAACCACCAAACACCCGACCAAAACCGAGUGCUUCAUACUCGUCCCAAGCAAUCUGUCUUGCCGACCAACUAUUUUUCGACAAGAAACCAUUUCGUAUCUUUCAAAAUCAUCGACCAUGUCCGCCCAAGAUAAAUUCAACUAUUACAUUGCUCAGAUCGACAAGGAGCUCUCGAAAUACCCAGCCUUGACCAAGCUCGAGCAACAACUCCAAGUCCCCAAGGCAUAUGGUGUACUGGGUCUCGCCGGAUUGUUCUCGAUCUUCAUCUUCUUCAACAUCUUCGCUGGAUUCUUAACCACUGCUCUCGGCUGGGGUUUACCCGCUUACUUUUCCAUCCAGGCCCUGGAAUCUCCCAGCUCAGGCGAUGAUGUCCAGUGGCUAACUUACUGGACCGUCUUUGGUUUCUUCAACAUUAUCGAGAGCUUUGCCGAUAUCAUCCUUUACUGGUUCCCAUUCUACUACACCUUCAAGUGUGUGUUCAUCGUUUGGCUCAUGUUGCCCCAAACCCGCGGGGCCCAGACUGUCUACCACAAGGCCUUGAAACCGUUGGUUGCCAGUACGGCAUCCAAGACCAGUGCCCCUCCAGAGACUGCCCCUCAAUAG